GACAGAAGAAGAAGCUGAAAUUAACAGUCUAUUAGACAGCUUAGGCCCAUGUUUUCACGAGUGGUGGGGGUACUGGUGUGCUUGCUGUUAACGCUGACUUACUACCUCCUACAGUUCCUGGUUAUAAAACACCUUUCAGGCUUCUUCCUACUGGGAUGAAAUCAAAUUUGACUAAUGCCGAAAUGACAAAUCUCAGGAAGAUUGGUAAAACACGCCCGUGUCAUUUUGUUGGUAGGAACAAGAAUCACCAAGGAUUGGCAGCUGCUAUACUCAAAAUCUGGGAAAAAAGUCUGAUUGCAAAGAUUGCUGUGAAGCGAGGUAUCCAGAAUACAAAUAACAAACUUAUGGCAAAUGAGAUAAAGACAGUGACAGGGGGUGUCCUGCUACUCAGAAACAACUAUUACAUUGUAAUAUACCGUGGAAAGGUCUUCCUUCCUUCAAGUGUGGCAGCUACAUUGGCAGAACGACAAGAACUAACAAAAGAGAUUCAAGGUGUUGAAGAGAGGGUAAGAAAUCGAGACAUUGGGGCAACUCAGCCUGUUGAAGACAAAGUACCAGCGGAAGCUGGCACUCUAGACGAGUUUUAUGAGGCUCAAGCCCGCUGGGGGGGAAAAGAUAACUCUGGAUCAUGUUGAGAAAAAAUGAUUGAAUAAGCUUCAAGGGUCGCAAGUGCCAGAGUUGUGAAACGAGUCCAACACAAACUAAACCUUGCUCAAUCGAAAUUUAAAAAGCAGAGAAACUGUUGUCCAAAAUAGAAGCCUCCAUGAUUCCAGACGGACCUGAUUAUGAUCAAGAGGUCAUCUCUG